AUGGCUUUGUUCAGUUCGGUGACUUGUAGGGCUCCGUCAAAGGAGAUCCAGGAAGGUGUACUUUCUUCGAUUUCCAACUGUUCCUUCAUUGCUCGGCACCAUGUGCUCCUGGUCAUCCUUACUAUUCUUGUCUACAGCAACAGCCUGUCUUGUGGAUUCGUCUUCGAUGAUGCAUCUGCUAUCGUUGACAAUCAAGAUCUCCGUUCUCACAUUCAGCCAUGGUGGGCUCUCUUCUUCAACGAUUUCUGGGGCACCCCAAUGGCCCACGAAUCGAGUCAUAAGUCCUACCGUCCACUGACAGUCCUUACAUACCGCUGGAACUUCGCACUGGCGGGUCUAGAAGCCUGGACAUACCACUUGGUUAACAUCCUCCUACACACCCUAGUUGUUCAUCUAUUUUAUAGAUUUUCGCAAUGUUUUCUUGAUGCUUUGGGUGGUUUGGCAGCUGCACUUCUUUUUGCGCUUCAUCCCAUCCAUGUGGAAGCCGUUACUGGUGUAGUUGGAAGGGCAGAAUUACUUUCGGCAGUGUUUAUAUUUACUUCGUUGCUUACCUACCUUAACCUUGUUGGUUCAGAGGAAGUGACGGUAUUUUUUGAAGUGCGCCACUUAUUGACAGUCUCCUUUCUUGUGAUUCUUGGAACUCUUUGCAAAGAGCAGUGUAUCACAGUUGUUGUUUAUUGCUCAACCACUUCCACUCAUCCAACUAUGGAGGACUUUUUAUCUUCUACUUGCCUUUCCGCACAGAACACCUUCUAUUCAAGAAUUUUGAAGGGAAGAGCGGCUUGGAACGCCUGGAGACGGGUGGGAUUUAGAUUUCUCGUUCUCUCACUCACUUCUGGCCUGUUUCUUCUGGCUCGCGUCCAACUUAUGGGGUCACAAUUACCGCAUUUUACUGCAUUUGAUAAUCCGGCUGCUCAUGCACCGCCUCUGACGCGUCGUCUGACCCACCUUUAUUUGGUAUACGUCAAUCUCGCACUCCUCUUCUAUCCCUCCGGUCUCUGUGCUGAUUGGACAAUGGGCACCAUUGCUCUCAUCACGUCUCUUACUGACCCUCGAAAUAUCGCUACUUUCGCUGCUUUCGCUGGUCUCGUAGGCAUCGCCAUCCGUUGUGCUUCACCGUGGACGUCAUCUCGCCAAGCACUCACCCUUUCCAUGGGACUGGCUCUGUUAACUCUUCCUUAUCUGCCCGCGUCUAAUCUCUUCUUCUAUGUCGGGUUUGUGGUGGCAGAACGUGUACUGUAUGUGCCAAGUGCGGGAUUCUGUCUCAUUUUGGGGCUGGGAUUUCAACAUUUUCUUCAGAAGUGUAGUCGACAUCGGCAAGCUGGUCUGAAGGACGAAUAUUCCCUAUUUACAUCAGCUCUGAAAGUGAAUCGACUCAACGCAAAGCUCUGGAACAACGUAGGGCAUGCGCUGGAGGGACGAUCCCAAUUUGACGAGGCCUUGCUUUGCUUCCAACAGGCUGUUCGGUUCAUUUUCAGACUUUUUAAUAUUUUUGCUUCGAGCCCUUUUUACGAUGACUCUUAUAGCCAGGUCCAACCGGAUGAUAUGGGCGCUCGGAUCAACGUUGGUCGCACUCUUGUUCAACUUGGGCGCCUGGAGGAAGCUGAAAUUACCUAUUACCAGGCCAUGGAAUUCUUCCCCAAACCUAAGAAAGGCAAGGUGUACCACACACGUGUCUCACCAAAGGACUUAACAAUCUUUAUCAACCUGGCUAAUCUCCUAUCCAAAAACGACAGCCGACUGGACGAGGCCGAUGCCCUACUGAGGAGGGCCAUUUCACUACGCGAGGACAACGUGGAUGCCUAUCAGAAUCGUGGCAGCAUUCUUGUUCGGCAGCAAAGGCAUGCAAUGUGUAAUGGAAUUCUGGGUUUUGCAUUUAGGUUUGUGGAGGCCGAAGACAUGUAUAGGAAGGCGUUGAGAUACAAGUAUACCAGUUCGGCCUUACAUUACAACCUUGGCGUCGUUCUUUUGGAGACCAACCGAACUGAAGAAGCCUAUGCUAGCUUCACUCAGGCUCUUCAAUUCGAUCCCCAUCACGAGCAAACUUUGUUCGCUCUCGCUUCUUCCUACUCCGAGACGACUGAUCCAGUGUUGCACAAAAAGGCGAUGACCCUGGUCGGUGACUUACUCUUGAUAUUUGAAAAGUUUGUUAUGAUCGGUCUGAUUAUUCGCUAUGGUCCUCCUUGA